CAUGAAGGAAUAUACCAUAAAUGACAAAAACAUUUGGUGUUUGGGGCCUACCAUGGAUUGACAAGAGAAGAUAACUACCAUUGUUGUUUUAAUGUAGAGGUCGCUAAAGUACCGUUCCUGUCAAACCGGUAGCAGACGACAUAAAUGGAAAGAUGCAUGCUGUUCUUCCAGAUUUUCAAACAUCGUUUUGCAAUAAAUCUAAAGUGUCAUCAUACUCCAGUCAUUCAUGUAUGUGGAACAAAGAAAAUAAAAACAAAGAAGCAGUAGAUAAACACCUAAGUUCUUGUGUUUCACAAAUAACUUUGAAAAGUGAAGAUUCAACAAAUCAAUCUAAACAAAUAAAAAGACGGAGACAAACUUCCCAACAAAAUGACAUGCCAGAUAUUUUGAAUGGAUCAGCUUGUGACAGAAAACUUGCAACACCAGCAAAACGGGCAAAGAGAUCCUGUUUUAUAGUGAGAGCAAAAGAAAUGCAAGCUUUCUUUGGAUUAUUAGCGGAUGAUCAUAUUCAAGACUUCCUCGAUGUUGAUAGCUGUAUGAAGAUUGCAGAUAAGUAUCUCCUGGCCAUGGUCUUUGCUUAUUUCAAGAGAGCAGGUUUCUGUUUACGAGAAUAUUCAAGAUCCAACUUUUUUAUUGCCCUGUACUUGGCUAAUGACGUUGAAGAAGAUGAAGAAGAACUCAAAUAUGAAGUAUUUCCAUGGGCUCUUGGUAAACGAUGGAAGAACAAAUAUCCUGAUUUUCUUCGAAAAAGAGACAAACUUCUGAAAAGAAUUGAAUACAGAGCUAUUGUCAGUAGGAGAUGUUGCGAGGAGAUCAUGGGAAUAGAACCUGACCAUUAUAUAUGGAAGAGAAAUCGCCCCGAACAUCAUGCUGGUGCUGUUCGUGCAUAUAUGCAUGACCCUGAUGAUGAUGGGUAUCCCAGAGGACCUUAUGCAACUCCUCGUACCUGUUUUGAAUGUGAUAUUGCAGACAGUCAGUAUGACUCUGCCAGUCCUGCCAGUGUGUCCUGGUAUGUUUCUUCUGAUGAAACAUCCCCUGAUGAUAACAAGCAUGGCUGUGUUGGGUCAAGCUUCUCCAGAUUUGACAUGAAAGGGCUUCAGCAAACUUUGAUGUCAGGAAACUGUGAUGACGUGUGGCCAACCACCGAAGAGUGAAACUAGGGUGGAUUCUGCUUUUUGUGCACUUAUAGUGGAGAACCAACAGCACUGUGAUUUGUUUCAUGUUAUUUACACUAGUCUUGGACUUCAUUAAUUUUACUUUUAUCAUAAUAUAAGACAUUGUUACAAUAAUUUCCCAUUAUUCACAAUUAUACCUAAGUUAAAAGACGUUGACGACAGAUUUUUAUUAUAUACAUAGCAAUGAAAUAUAUAGAUCUACAAAAACCAUAAAAGUGAUAUCCGGUGAAAAGUCAUAUAUUUCACUGUAUUUUAGCUACAGUGAAAAUAUAGAAAUCGUAUUUACUUUUUUGUAAAAGUUCAUGAUUAAAUUGUCUCCCUUUGUCUUGUUUCUUCCUUUUAACUUUGAUGGUGGUUUUUUCAAAUACGAUUUUUAUAUCAACUCGUGAUGUUUGAAAACCACAUUUUCACUCAUUGCUUCGCAAUUCGUGAAAAUAUGGCUUUCACACAUCACUCACUGACAUAAAAAUUGUACUAAAAAAAACGCCAUGAAAUAGCCUUUAUAUACCACAGUGUAGACAAAAAUGUAAAUGUGUACAUUAAAAACUGGGUGGAGGGUAUGGUUUGUGAUCAAAAGUUUAAUAGUGAGUUGUUUACUACAGUUGGGAGUCCAUUUUUCCAACCAUAAGCAUUUAGAACAGAUAAUUUAAUAUAUCUGAUGACAGUAGACAUCUCUUAGUACAAUGAAGUUGAUUUGUUUCUUGCAGCAAGUGUUAUUACUGACUAAUGCGAUUAUAUCUACUACAGAAAUUCUGGAGUUUUUAUUACUUAGCGAGUUGUUUACUACAGUUAGGAGUCCAUUUUUCCAACCAUAAGCAUUUCUAAUUUAAAACUGAUAAUUUAAUACAUCUUAUGACAGUAGACAUUUUAAUACAAUGCAGUUGAUUUGUUUCUUGCCACAAGUGUGAUUACUGACUAAUGUGAUUAUAUCUACUACAGAAAUUCUGGAGUGUUUGUUAUAUUAUAAAUUUGAAAAAUAAUACAAUGUGAUGUAAGUGAUUUUUUAAAACAACUAUUGCAAAUGUAGUCUUAAGGAUUCCAGUUUUCAAACAAUGAACAUAUACACAAAUUCAAUAUUUUCCCAUUAGAAUACAGUCAAGUACUAGUACACAUUACAUUUUAUAAAGUGCAGUGUUCAUUUUAUUCCAUAAAAGAUGCCUCGAUUGGUAUUUGGAUAUACGAUACAUUUUCAAAUCAGUAUAAACUCAUUGCACAAUAACAUAAUACUUGUUUGUUUAUAUACAUGUAUAUAUUACUGUCUGUUAAAGACUAAUAAGGAGUUCCAUUCUUUUUUUCUGUAAAUUAGUUAAUAGUACAAUAAGUAUAUUUGAUUUUUAAAAAUCCACCUAAACAUAUAGGGAAUACAUUGUAAAAAUUAAGUAAAAUGAAGAUCUAUGUGAUAAUGCCAAACAUCUGUUUUGAUCAGGAUGUACAGCAUGUCUGUGAUAUAUUUAUUUUUUUCAUUAAAGCGACAAAUAAACAAGUAUUGAUCACA